AUAAAAUUCUGCUUUUCAGUGGGCACAAGUCGAGAAUCUGAAUAUAUCGACGCAAGGUAUUGCGUGAUGGUUUCUCGAUUGUACGGUAAUUUUUACAUUGUCAAACCCGGAAGAUACUUGCUUAGGAAAUAACCUGUAGGACAACUAUGCAGCCUUAAGCUGUAUAAUACAUUCGUCCAAGCAGCUGGGAGGCAUAUUUUGUAUGACGCGGUGUGUGUGGUUUAGAAAUACACAUCGCGAAGGCGCAAAAACGCAAUAAAUCGCUUAACAUCGUUCGCCGCAGAAAACAUAGGGGUAAAAUAAAUAUAAAACACCACAACCCCCCGACCAUGUCUGCCGAUUUCAUUACUUUUUCCGCUGAAGAUACGACCACUUCGGGAUUUGCACCUCACACCUGAUUGCCUUGACGGUAAUAAGAAGACCUGGCGGAAAUGGGGAAAAUAUUCUGUUUCUGCGACGUCUGCUUAUUUUAAUUUGGUUUUUAUUCAUCACUGUAUUAAUUAGUGGAGUUGGACUGAUUUUUUCUUGGUAGUUUACUAUAACUAAAACGUAUUAGUAUUUUUGUCUGAGGUUACGAUUUCAUACUCGGCUUUGUACUGUAGUUUUCAAUUCCGCUUCUCCUUACUGGAUUGCCCUCCCUUUUUUGAGGCCUUUGCAUUUAAAUAUUAUUAUUACUACCAUGGAGCAUUCGGGCUGCGUUAAUAUUUGCAGCCUGACCAGCACUUUGCCGGUCAUCCCCUAUCAGAAACUGACGGACUUGCAUUACUUGAGCCGAGGCGGCUUCGGCACCGUGUUUAGAGCCCAGCACUCUGACUGGAGAACCACCGUGGCCAUCAAGUGCCUCCAGCUGGACUCCCCGGUUGGAGAAAGGGAAAGGAACUGCCUGUUGAAAGAAGCAGAGGUUCUCCACAAAGCCAGGUUCAACUACAUCAUCCAGAUUUUUGGUGUUUGCAAUGAGCCUGAAUUCUUCUGCAUUGUCACAGAGUUCAUGAGCAACGGAUCACUAGACCACCUUCUGCAUGAGAAAGAUUUGUAUCCAGUGCUUGCCUGGCCCUUGAGACUGCGGAUUCUUUAUGAGAUUGCCCUGGGGGUCAACUUUCUACAUAACAUGACCCCCCCAUUACUCCACCAUGACCUGAAGACUCAGAACAUUCUGCUGGAUGCUGAGUUCCAUGUAAAGAUUGCAGACUUUGGGCUUUCUAAGUGGCGCCAGCUGUCCAUUAGUAAAGCAUCUGGUUCUAAGCCUCCAGAAAUGGGGGGUACAGUGAUCUAUAUGCCCCCUGAGGAGUAUGAGCCCUCCAAGAACCGACGAGGUGAUGUAAAGCAUGAUAUGUACAGUUAUUCGAUAAUUAUGUGGGAAGUUUUGUCAAGAAAAAUACCUUUUGAAGAAGCUACUAACCCCAUGCAGAUCAUGUUUAGCGUUUUGCGAGGAAGCCGACCUGACACAGGCCCUGAGAGCCUGCCGAUUGAGAUUCCCAGCAGAGACACUCUUAUCGACCUGAUGAGCUGUGGCUGGGCCAGUAACCCAGACGACCGCCCUUCAUUUCUGAAGUGUUUGAUUGAACUGGAGCCUAUGGUUAGAAGAUUUGAUGAAAUCAUGGUUCUAGAAGCUGUGCUGGAAGUGAAAAAAGCUAAAUUAUUUAGCAGGCAUGCUUAUUCCUCAGGAUCUUUACGUGAGAAGAAAUUCUCCAAAGAAGAAAAAACUCUAAAUAUAAUAAAAGACAACAUUCCUUGGCUGGAAACAAGCUCUGCCUCUGGAUCUUGCUCCUCACAGGAAGCAGAGAUGUCUCAGCCCCAGUUCCUGACUAUCAGCAGUGCACCGGCUUCCAAAGAAAGUGAAGAAUGUCCUUGUGAACUAGAUUUAAAGCAGUUGGAGCAGCCAAACAAAAGUCAAUAUAACAUACUUCCACGCACAAAUGCAGGUGUUUCUGAUGCCAAUCCUCUGUCCUGUAUGACCAGCCCAAUGCAGGAUCUUCCCAUGUCCCUUAUUGCACCCAGUUUGGAGAAUAACCUGCAGGAGGGCACAUACCAAACUGCAAAACAUCAGCCAGACCUCAAUAUCCCUUUCAAGCCCAGCAUCCCAGAAACAGAGUAUGAGGAGAAGCUCAGCUACAUGACUUUGCAGCCAUGCACAGCAGGUUUUGUCCCGCAGUGUACACAGCCAGGCCCAGCCGCUCAGUGGAUCCAGGUGAAGAGGGAGGACAUUGUGACACAGAUGACUGAGGCUUGUCUGAACCAGUCCCUGGAUGCCCUUCUGUCUAGGGAGCUCCUCAUGCGAGAAGACUACGAGCUGAUCUCCACCAAGCCCACCAGGACAGCCAAAGUCAGGCAGCUGCUGGACACCUGUGACAAGCAGGCAGAGGAGUUCUGCAGAGUUGUCAUUCAGAAGCUGAAGGACAACAAGCAGAUGGGCCUGCAGCCUUACCCAGACAUGUCUUCCCCCAGCCCUGCACCCAGCGGCCCCAUGUUGAUGUCCGUAAUCGAUAACCGCAAGAUGUAAACAAGCACUCGAACAACAAAAUACAGAAAUUAGCUUUCUUUAUUUUAACAUGGCUCAUUUCUAAUAAGCAUACGGAGGACUGUUUUAUUCAUCUAAAUUAUAUCAAGGAAAAGGUAUUAACUAUUUUCCAGUAUUUAUCAUUAGACUUUGUGGAAACUUGCUCACCAUGCCAAACAUUAUGAAUGCCCCCAAAACAUACUGCAACAGGAAUGUUUGUGUUAAAGCUUUUUUUCAGAAACAACAGCAAAAUGGGACUUCAGCCUUUAAUCUUUCAAAUUUCUCUUGGGCAUUGUAUGCCCAGGAGAGAUCUGCUUGGCUCAGUAUGACUUAUCAAUCCAGUGAAGCUAACUUCUCAUUUUCUGCUGUUAAUCAGUUGGAAGUGUUUACAACUUAUGGAUGCAGUUUUAGAAGAUACUUUGUUUUCUUUCUUGGAAAAACAAAGUCUUUAAAACAGAAAAAUUGUAUUUUAUCUCAACAGGACAAAUUAAGGGUUAAGGGAGGCAGAGGUAUGCCAGGUCUUCAUAAUGUAGAACUUUCCUCUAAACAUUACUCUACAGCAAGUCUGUCCAUAAUAUGCAUCUUUUUAAAAAGUUAUUCUGGAAUAUAAAAUCAUUGGUCAUUAAGGUAAGCAGCAGUUUGGUAGGUAUUAGCAGUGAGAAUAGUUUCUGGAAUAUGUCACAAUCUCUGUACAGGAUCACUUGAAUGAAGCAACUCUACACACAAAAAAACAAAGAUGGCAAGGUACGAGUACUGUAUAUAGUUUAGUAUUAGGUACAAGUAUAGUCUAGGUCAGUAGUAGAACAAAUACGCCACUAAUUACCCAAGUAGAACACAACAUUUUCAUUAAAAUGGGUGAAUUUGAUAUAUACCUGACCACUCAUUAAGCAAAAUCUAGUGCAACCUCUAGUGAUGUGAUAGUAAUGCUCACACCCAAUAAUGGGCAAUUCCUUGCAAAUGUAUUCACCCCAUCAAUAAUCUCAAAUUUUCAUUAAUUACAGAUCAUAUAGGCUAUUUUUUUUACAAAUUAACAUUUUAAUUUAAAACUUUUUUUAGCACUGUUAAACAAGAAGAUUGAAUGUCACAAUAACUUACAAAGAAGAUAUAUAAAUUUAAAAGGGAUUGUCAAUUAAUUUACAUUGAUUAAAAGAAAUACAAAUUUCAUACAUAUAUACAAAAUAAAAUGACUGAUUCAUACUCCUAAGCCACUUAUGUACUGCAUCUUUUAUCACAGCUUCAGAAGGUGGUGGAAGCACCUUUCGCAACAGCUACUACUGUCAGUAUUCUGGAGAAGUCUGUACCACCUUUAAAGAUUUUUCCUGGCAAAAUUGCUCCAGUUCUGACAUGAUUGUUUGGCAUUCCAGAUAGACUGCAAUUCUCUGGUCUCACCAUAUGUAUUCAAUUGGAUUUAAAUCAGGAUGUUAACUGUGCCUCUCAAGAACAAUCGCUCUCUUCUUCUCAUACCUCUCCAGUAUGGUUUUGGUAUUGAGCCUCAGAUAAUUAACAUGCUGAAAUGUGGAUUUUCAGUGCAACUUAGAUUUUAGCCUGAUUCAUGCAGAUUUUUCUUUUGAUGCACCUGUACUUUGCUUCAUCGAUUUUCCCUAGGCUUCUUAAUCCAUAACAUGUUGAUGCCACCACCAUGCUUGCUGGAAUAGUGCUGACUCAAUGAUCUGAUGUUUUGGACUUACUGUCCUGCACUUACGUAGGCUUUGUUUAGACAAAUAUUUUGAUUUCUGUCUUGUCUAACUAUAAAACCAUCCACUUCAUCUACAGUCUGUUACAUCCAGGAUUUAAGAUGAGUCUUUUUCAGUAGUCUAUUUUUUCUUACUUUUUUUUUCUUUUCUCACCUGUGCCAGCAAAAUUUGUUUAGGGACCAGGGUAUUGUUGAUAUAUGAACAGUGACUCCCAUCUUGGAUGGAACUGUGCAAAUAUUUUACAGUAAGCUUCACAGCAGCAUCCUCAUCAGGUUUCCUGCUUUCCUGGCUGCUCCAUUUGAUGUAAAUCUCUGUGUUAAAGUGCACUUUUUAUGGUCGAAUCAUGGACGCUUUAUCCCUUGACUUGUUUCAAGUACAGUAGAUUGUCUUUUUUUCAUAUCUGUAUGUGAGAUUUGGUUUGAAAAUCGAUAUUGCUUGAGGGAAUGUACCUAGAAAGAUGUAUUUACUCUGAAGUAAUGUUAAUCCACGUCGCUUAACACAGAUCAUUACACUAAUUUUGUGACUAUGAAAACUUGAACCUCAAAUUAUGGUUGCCAUUGCAAAGAGGUUGAAUACUUAUGGUUAGAGGUUAAUACUUAAUUAAGAAUCUUCUGAUAUUUUUUAUAUGUUUAAAUACUAUCAAUAUUUCUAGCUUUCUCAGUUUGGAGUAGAUUGUAAAUAUUCUAAAUCAAAGUCCUAUUUAAAAGUGUCUUGAUUGCAAGAACAGAAAGCAACAAAAUGUGGGAAUUGUCCAAGGGAAUAAAUACUUUUUCAAAGCCCUGUAGGUCUGUUUCACAUCGAGACUUGUUAUCCACAACUGCAAUUUUAAUUCUGAAGUUCUGAAAGAUUUCCUGCCCUUAAAUUGACUUUUUUCUGUGAUACAUUAAUGAGAGCCCUUUUCUCAGAUGGUUUGUGUCUGAACUAUGUUUUUAAAGAUUUGUUUUAAGUAGUCGUCACACUUGACAGUUGGCUGGAUAGAUGUGACUGAAAAAAACAUUUUGUCCAGUAAAGUAAAAUCUUUUAUUUUACAGACUUUAAAAAACAGAUGGGAAAGUGUUACAUUCUCACACUACUGACCUGUCCUCCUGGGUGUAUUGCAGUUAUAGUUUCCCUCAGCUGGUCAACCAGUAUGAAAUCUUUUCAUGACUUUCACUUUAUUUAUGAAUGGAUCCUUCAAAACUAUUUGCAGUUAUAAAACUUCUUGUCAUUCAUCAGGAUCAACUAGUGCAAAUACUGUAUGUCUUUACUGUGCUACCAAUAAAAUCUAGAUUCUUAGCUGUUACUAUACAUUAAGAAAAUGAACAGUAUUAAGGUGAUCAAACAUAGGACAUAGGAUCAUUCAGACAGCAGUGCACAUGCUCUAAAAGGCAGUGCUCAGGUGUUAUAUUGUUAAAACAUGUAACAUUGAUAUAUUCCCUUGUGUCAUUCAGUUUACAGUAGUAUUUUCAGACACAAUGUGUUGGACUAAACAGGAUAAGUAGAAAUGUCUCUUCAACAUAUGCAAGAAAAUACUCAAUUUAGAAAUAAAAUCGCUCUUUUGAUUUGGGGAUCACAAGGUGAUCACAGGAAGCAAGCAGCUUACGUACGGAAUACCUGUGUUCAAUCCAAGGUGCUAUUGAUCUUCAUUCUGGAUAGGACUGUGAUAAGGAGAGUGCAUUGUUGUGCAGGCUCUACUAUUUAAUACCUCACUGUUGGAAGAGCACAUCCAACAUGUCUGCAGUACACAGUAACAGGUUGAUGAUGCUGAACACAUGUAUGCAGUGGUUGUUUUUCCUUUGGUGUGCAAUAUUUUACAGCUUUGGCAACUUAAUAAAACCACAGUGGCUGGAGGAAACGUAGCUUGGCCAUAACACUUGGACUAUGGGACUCUGAAGAGGAGCCAAGGGGGUGAUGCAAUGGCCUGGAUGGGAUGGAGGAAGGGGUGUAAAGUGAUUAAGACUGCAGAAAAGUAUAUUUGUUCCUCAUAUUCAUAAUGGGGCUAAGUUGAAGGGUUUGUUUUUUCUUUUAUGAUGAUGGAGUUUCAACCUUUCUGCUCUUUUUGCAAACAUUCAUUUAAUGCCAUGUAUGAAAAAGGAAAGUGUCAUUUUCCUACAUUUCCUGCAUUUUGUCCUUUUUAUGAACAUUUAUUAAAGUUAAUCUCAAAUGUAGCAAAAUUAGAGGCUAUCAAGCCAAUGCUUAUGUUUCCUUUUCGAAACCACACAAAACCUGUUUUUCUGUUGCAUGCAAUACAGUAGAUUUUGAUUUUAACAGAAUAGUAAAUUCACAACCGGUUUUGGUUGGGGGAGUGUUAAUGUGGAGAUGAUGAGGGAGAAUUUUACCCAUUGUUGUAUGCUGUUUUGUUUUGCUUAUUUGGGUUUGCCAGUGUGCUUCCCCUUCUGUAGCUUUACUGUGGUGUACCAUGUUACAAGCAGAGUAAAUUGUAAUGCAACACAGAGAAAGGAUACUGAAGCACAGAAAGAAAUCAUAAAGCUUCAUUCAUACUUUAAGAAACCAUGUUAAAGCCCGUCUGUAAGUAUGAUGAGAAUGUGAAUAAGUACAGUAUGAGUAUGGGCAUAAGUAUGGGAAACCUAGGAGGACCCUAGUAAUGUCAUGCAGUUUUACCAUGGUAAACAUUCAGUAAGAUUUUGUGGGGGUUCAGUCCAGAAAAUAUUUUAAUAAGUAUUAAUAAAGUGACGGAAAAGUCACUAUAUACUGUACAUUUAUUGAUGGAGCUCUAAACUAAAGUGUUAACAAGAGUAAUUAAUCUGAGAGAGGGGGUUUUGGGAAGUGCAUUAAUUCAAUAAAUACACCUUUUCAUCA